AUGGACAGCAAAGAUAAUUCAAAUUCUACCAGAUCGAGCCCAAUUAAGCUUAACAGCUCAAAUUUUUCCAUGAACAAAAGAGGUACAGGUACAUCAAAAGUGAUUGACAAUUUGCAAUCGACCAUCGACGAGUUGAAGAAUGAAUUAAGAUUGUCCAAAUCUAAUCACGACGAUUUGAAGAAAAACUAUGAUAACAUCAAGAAAAAUUACAACAAUGUUAUUGACCAAUUAGCUAAUACAAAACAUGAAAACCAAAUUAUUAAUGCCCUUUUGGAUAGAAAACAAAGAAGAAUUCAAGAUCUAGAGAAAAAAUUAUCUUUGUCCUUGAUAUCAAAUGAUGAUUAUAAAUUCAAUUUGAAGAAUCUUGAAAUCAAAAAUAAAAAUUUAUUAAAUAACGAAAAAUUUAACUUGUCUGAGAUUCAAAGAUUGAAAUUAGCUUAUGACACAAUUUUAUCCUCGCAAAAGGAGAUUAAAAAUUAUUAUUUAUCUCAAUUUAAAAAUUUAAAUAAUCAAUUUAAUUCAUUUGUAAAUAACUUUAAUACAAAUAAUUCCAAUAUAGACAAUAACUUAAUCCAAAAUUUCAGCUCAUUAGAAAAAAAUUAUAAUCAAUUGAUUUUACUUUAUAAUACAAAAUUCAAUAAAAUUAUCAAUUCUUUAAAGACAUUAUUAAACUAUUCUCAAAAUUUUAAUAAUAAUUCCGAUCAUUUUCUAAACCAGUGCAAUUUAAUUUUUAAUCAAAUUAAAUUAAAAUUAUCUUUAGAUAUUCCUUCUUUAUCUCAAAUACUCACAAAUUCUUUUAAUAUAAAUGAUUUUGCUGAUUUAAACGAAUUAAAUUCGUAUAAUAAUAAUAAUAAUAAUAAUAAUAAUAAUAAUAAUAAUAAUAAUAAUAAUAAUAAUAACAAUAUUAACAAUAUUAACAAUAUUAACAAUAAUAUUGAUAAUAUUGAUGAAAUCGAUAUUAUAAAAAAUAACAACAGUAACCUUAACAAAUCAAAUGAUCAAAUGGAUGAUUUAAACAACAGUCUAAAUAACUUGGGUUUUUUAGACCAAUCUUCGAAUAAUUUAGAUGAUUUAAACGCCUCUCUAACCCAAUUAACUUCUUCAAACCAUUCUAUCGAUUUCAAUCAUUCAUUAAAUCAAUUUAAUCUCUCAAAUCAAACUAUUUCCUCGAUCUCUUCAAAUCCCUCAAAUCCUUCAAAUCAAUUGAAUUCAAACCCAAACCCAAAUUCCUCGACAUCUUACAAAAAAUUCAAUAAAAAAUUACAUUCACCCAUCAAUAUCCCCUUCACUCCAGUUUUGAACACUUACAACACCCCUAACCAAUCUCCAAUCAAUAAUAAUAACAUUGGUAAUUUUAAUAACAAUGACGACUUAGAUUCUGAUAAUGAUGCUCAAAGUCAAACUGGUAGUAUCGCCGGAAAUUCUUCUCAAGCUCAACAAAAAAGAAGAAAAAGAAAAUCGAGAAGAAGAAGACCUAAAUCUCAAAUUAUAUCUCCUAAUUCUCAGCAACUCAACAGUUUGAAUUUAUCAAGUGCUCAAAAAAGGAAUUCAAUUCAAAUACAACCUUCCAUAUAA